AUGCCAUCUCCUCCGCCUGAGGUGCCUCAGGCCGAUGCCCUUUCGUCGCCCAACCCCGCCGAAAACACGUCUGUGGCGACGGAGGAUUUACAAGGGCAAUCAUCCGAUAUCACUGCAUCUUUGCCCUCCGAAUCAAAGCCUAGAUUGUCGCGCCUCGACUCCGACGCUUCAGAUAGGGUAUUCCCCAUUCGAUCCGUCAUUUCUGUUGACCCAACCGUGUUGAAUUCCUCCGUCUCUCGGUCGCCGCCUCCCCAGCAAUACCACGGCCAAGCUCUGUCUCCUAGCAAUGAGGGAUUUACGGAAUUCUCGAUUACUGAGCAAAACACGCAGUAUCAGCCCUAUAGGCAGGAUGAAGAUCUUGAGCAGUUGCCGACGGAGGAGUCUGACAAUACCAAAGAACAAUCAGGUGCAGCAAAUAAAGCAGAGGACAAGUUGACGGGGACGGCCUCCAACCAUCUUACGGUAGAUAACAUCUCUAGUGAUGGAAAUAACACGGAUGGUGGUGUCCCUGUUACCAGCCAGGACCCUCCUCGGAGCAUCCCACAAGCGAGUGAUGACCCGGAUCUGAUGACGUCUCGUUUCCGCCACGUUGUGACCGACGCUGGCCAUGCCAUCAUAACAGGCCGUGAUGGUAACAGUUUCCAGUAUUGCGAAGACGAGCCAAUUCACAUUCCCGGUGCGGUCCAAAGUUUUGGUGCGCUAAUUGCUCUCGAGGAGGAAUCAGAGGGAAAACUAGUCGUUCGUGUUGCUAGCGAGAAUUCUGCCUCCUUGAUCGGCUAUACGCCUAGGCAGCUUUUUGCCUUGGAAAGCUUCACUGAAAUACUCACCGAAGAACAAGAAGACAAUCUUCUGGACCAUGUUGACUUCAUCCGAGAUGAAUCGUGUGAUCCCAAGGUACACGGUCCAGAAGUCUUCAUCUUGUGCAUUGCCACUCCUACGGGGGAAACGAGGAAGUUUUGGUGUGCCAUUCAUGUGAAUGAAAUGAAUAAAAACCUGAUCAUCUGCGAGUUUGAACUCGAAGACGAUGCAAUCCACCCUCUGAAUGUUUCCGGGCAAACCACUCCCGAGGAGCCUUCCGAUACUUUGGGAGUAAACCCAACACCCGAAGAAUUGGCGGGCAGUACUGUCAACACAAGCCGUCCUUUGCGUAUUCUGCGAAAUGCUCGGAAAGGAAGAGGUGAAGUAGCUGCCAUGAAAGUUUUCAACAUCUUGUCCCAAAUACAAGAGCAAUUGUCUGCUGCUCCCACUUUAGAGGCGUUGUUGAACAUCGCAACCGGGUUAGUCAAAGAGUUGACUGGCUUUCAUCGCGUCUUGAUCUAUCAGUUUGAUAGCAGCUGGAAUGGCAUGGUCGUUGCCGAGCUUGUAGAACCACGAGCUACGAAAGAUAUUUACAAGGGACUUCAUUUUCCUGCAUCAGAUAUACCGAAACAGGCGCGAGAAUUAUACAAGAUCAAUAAGGUUAGGCUUUUAUACGACCGAGACAUGAUAACUUCUCGUCUUGUCUGUCGGACGGUGAAAGAUCUUGAAACGCCACUCGACAUGACCCAUUCCUAUCUACGGGCUAUGUCUCCCAUCCACGUCAAAUAUCUGGCUCAUAUGGAUGUGCGCUCUUCAAUGUCCAUCAGUAUAAACGCCUUUAACGAAUUAUGGGGCUUGAUAUCUUGCCACUCCUACGGAGCUUCUGGCAUGCGCGUCUCUUUUCCCGUCCGAAAAAUGUGUCGUUUAAUCGGUGACAACGUUUCGAGAAACAUCGAAAGGCUGUCCUAUGCGUCUCGUCUUCAGGCUCGCAAGUUGAUCAAUACUGUCCCUACCGAGUCUAACCCGUCUGGUUAUAUUAUCGCAUCUUCGGAUGAUCUUCUGAAACUCUUUGACGCCGAUUACGGCGCCCUUUCUAUUCGUGAUGAGACAAAGAUUCUGGGACGCCUAAUUCAUUCCCAGGAAAUCUUGGCUUUGUUAGAGUAUCUGAAAAUGCGCCAGCUAAACUCGGUUCUAGCAUCUCACGAUGUGAGCCGGGACUUUCCAGAUUUGCGCUAUCCACCGGGCUUCAAACACAUUUCCGGACUGCUCUAUGUCCCACUCUCUACCGGUGGAAGGGACUUUAUUGUCUUCUUUAGGCGUGGCCAACUAACCGAAAUCAAAUGGGCGGGAAAUCCCUAUGAGAAGACGCUGAAGCAAGGCACUUCUGGUUUUCUCGAGCCCCGUAAAAGCUUUCAAACUUGGCGUGAAACUGUCAUGAGCCGGUCAAGAGAGUGGACAGAGACCGACAUCGAAACUGCCGCAGUGCUAUGUCUCGUUUACGGAAAAUUCAUUGAAGUGUGGCGUCAAAAGGAGGCGGCGAUGCACAGUACCCAGCUGACUAGGCUGCUGCUAGCCAAUUCUGCACAUGAAGUCCGCACGCCCUUGAACGCUAUCGUCAAUUAUCUAGAAAUAGCUCUGGAAGGGAAUCUAGACGCUGAAACUCGGGAUAAUCUUGCCAAAUCUCAUUCGGCUUCUAAAUCUUUGAUCUAUGUUAUCAACGAUUUGCUAGAUUUAACUAACACUGAAAAGGGACAGAAUCUAAUUAAAGAUGAAGUGUUCGAUCUUGCUGCUACCUUUCAGGAAGCUACUGAUAUGUUCGACGGUGAGGCCAAGCGCAAGAAAAUCACGUACAACAUCAAGGCACACCCCGGUGUUCCAAAAUCGGUCUUUGGGGACCAGCGCCGCGUUCGUCAAGUCAUUGUUAACCUCAUUUCAAAUGCCAUACACUAUACCGAAUCUGGUUCUGUAUCAGUAGAGAUGUGGCGGUGUCCCGUGCAACGCGAGGAAAGUGGAUCUGUAGAUGUUGAAUUUACUGUCCACGACACGGGCUCUGGCAUGUCUCAGACCACAGUCGAUGCCUUGUUCCGAGAUUUUGAACAGGUUUCGUCAGAAGAAGAAAGCUACUACUACGACAAAGACGGUGAUCAAGAGCACGCUCAACAAGGAGAUGGGAAACGUGUCCUAGGUCUCGGCCUGGCAUUGGUUGCUAGAAUUAUACGGAACAUGCACGGCCAAUUGAGCGUUAAAUCCGAGGAAGGCGAGGGAAGUCGGUUUAAAAUGAUGCUCAAGUUCCCUGUGCCGGCGGAUGAAAUCAUGUCUGUCCCCGAUGAUUCGACUAUCCCUGAAAUUGCCGAGUUAUCAGCUACACCGCCUGUGGUAGACGGCGAAGUGAUGUUACUGGAUAGUAACGCAUCCCAGAAGAGCAACCAGCGACGACAUAGUGGUGGCAGCAACCGAAGUGGAGGUAGCCUGGGCAGUGAUCGAAGCGGCCGGAGCGAAGCUGAUCGUCUCAUCAGUGCGAUUCAAGAGCCGGCACUGGUCAAAUCACCCGAGUCUCGAAGGAGUAAACAUGGCAGCCGCGAAAGUAGUUUUAGUAAAGCACUUACUGCAAACCAGCCAAUUGUUAGCCCCUCGAUCUCCAAGUCUCCCGGUCCCCUCAGUCUCCCCAGCCCAGGUUUGCGUCAUAUGAUGCCUUUGGGAUCUCCUGCCGAACCGGGACAAGAGCCCGUUACAGACUCGGGAAUACCCAUAGGCGCGUUACGAAUUGACGAAGUUGAUGUCCAGAGACCACCCUCCCCUAAACAAACUGCUCGAGACAGGGCCGGGUCUGCGGCCAUGAUGUCGGAGAGUUCCACUACGACGGUCACGUCCCCAAUAGGAAUGUCGUCGGAUAACUUUCACUUUUGUUCGCUUCGCGUGCUUGUUGCCGAGGAUGACCCAGUCAAUAGCAAGAUUGUCCAGAAACGACUGCAACGAUUUGGACAUUCCGUGCACCUGACUGUUAACGGCGAAGAGUGUGCCAGUGCAUUCAAAGCGAAUCCGAAGGAAUUCGAUGCGGUGCUGAUGGAUAUUCAAAUGCCUAUUGUUGAUGGCAUGACUGCAACGAAAAUGAUUCGAGAAUUUGAACAGAGCACUUCCGAAAAUACCGUGUCCGAAAAAAUAGCACUAUUUGACCGAAUACCUAUAUUCGCCGUGUCAGCAUCGCUACUUGAGAAAGACGUUCAAAAGUACAUUGACACGGGAUUUGAUGGUUACAUAAUGAAACCCAUUGACUUUAAACGCGUCAACACGCUUCUUUGCAGCCUUCAAAGCGAACCGGAACGAAAAGCUCUUACCUAUUUGCCCGGGAAUUGGGAGAACGGCGGUUGGCUUCCACGGCAAUCCUCAGGACCACCACAAACCGACACGAAAUGA